AUGUUUCGUCCAUUUGUGGGAGAGAUAAUUGCUGCAAACUUUAAAGUCUCUACUGCAAAUGGUUUACGUCUGCCCCUUGAAUUUUUUGAUGAUAUUUAUGUACCUAUUCAUCUUUUGCCUGUUCCAUCCCACUCCGAGCCCGACACAAGAAAGAGGGACAGAGUCAUAUGGUCAUGGAAGUGUCCUGAUUCAGAUGCAGAACUUGUUAUUGAUGGGAUGGAUCAAGUUCUUCCAAAUGGGCGGAUAAAAUUCCAAGCUCACAGUGUGAACUAUCCUCCAAUUCUAAUUGAGCAGCCAGAAGACUCAAAACCAUUUGCCCCUACGGUGGUUACCGGAUCAAUUGAUUUUGAUGGUUUGGACACUGUUUCAUGGUGGGACAAUGCAGAAGACAAGGAUGAAGAACCUGAAGACCCUUAA